AAAUUUUUCCCUUUUCUCUAUUCCCUUAUUCUAAAUAAACUUCGAAAAUGGGAAAAUUUUCCCCGGGAAAAAAGUAGGUAUUACGAAUGUCAAUUAUAGGGAGAAUGUGAUAACAAAUUUUAAAAAUAAUUCCGCCAAAAAAUUGCAAGGGAGUUGUGCCAAAAAUGUCUAAAACAACUAAUAAGAAACAGUUGGAGAUGCUUCUGGAUGCAAUGCAAACCCACCCAGGUAUUGCUUGUGGGAUGUAUAAAGGAAGCAAGGAGGAAUUAAAUAGAUUUUGGCGCAAUUUGGAGGCGGAAUUGAAUUCUGCAGGGCCACCACAAAAAAGUGUUUCGGAGUGGAAGAAGGUAUGGUGUGAUCAAAAAAAGUAUGUUCGGCAGAAGGCCGGGCAAAACCUCAAAUCAAGUAAAGGAACUGGUGGAGGCCCGAAUAUGGAGCAGAAGUUUUCUGGUAUUGAGGAGGCCAUUUACAACUUGGUUGGGAUGAAGGAGUCGGUUGAAGGUGUAGCCGACAAGUUUGGAUUAGGCGGUUAUUAUAAAAACACCAACAAACAAACAGAAACAAAUAUUGAAAAUAUAUUGGAGGAAAUUUUAGUGGCCGACGAUGAUUCAAAUGAAAUACAGAAAGAGUGUCCAUCUCAGCCACCGGCGAAAAAAAUUAAAAAGACACCAAUUGGACUGCCCCCACAGGUUUCCUCUGCCGAUAUCCUUGCAGAAGAAAUCGGUAUUCAAAAGAAUAUGCUGCAAGUAAUGAAAGAGCAGCAACAAACCACCAAAAAAAUUUAUCGUUCCAUAGACCGGCUUUACGACUUGAAGAAAGAGGAAUUACAAGAGCAAAAGCGGCAUAAUUUGGUGAUGGAAAAGUUAAGGCUUACUGAAGUUCAGGAUAAAAUUGAAAAAAACAGAAGACUGUUAGAGUUGGAAAAUUUGAAAUACAACGUGAAUCAGAAGAGAUAAAAUGUGAUAUAGUAGUUUUAAGGUGAACUGAAGCUGUGAAUUAGUUUUGUUUUUGUAUUUUUUAAUAUUAGUUUU